CUUGAGUUCCCGAUACAUCAGCCCGUUCAUUUGCUCAUCCAUCGCGGGUCACUAAUGGAGCGUACUUGGCUCUGAAAGGCCUUCAGAUUUCGAGGUGUGCCAGUGGGAAGUGCGACGCAGCAGCAGCUGGAAAAUCGCGCUAUUCGUUUAAUAAUAAACAAAUAUAGAAACAAACAAGCUAUUAAAUCGCCGGCAUGGAAAAAGUAAAACUGGAAUCACUAUCUCUGGCCCACUCGCUGUCGGAUAAACCACUGCCCCCAUCGCCUUUGAUACCCACAAGUUUGGAGGGCGGCAAAGUCUCCGAUCGUUUGAGCAAACUCAAGUGUAAUUCGGAGAACUGGAAGCAGAGGAUAGAACAAACCGAUGCCAAGAAGUUCACAGUCGCUGGCCGACUGCAAAAGAAGGCCCAAUCCCCCGUGGAACUCCAGUUCGAGCGUUCUGCCAAUGAUGCAGCCAAAAAAUGUCCCAUGCUGGAGGUGCGCAGCGCCAAUCAACCGCAGUUGGGACUGGCCAAGAGCCCCUCCAUGAUGGUGACCUCGAGUACAAACAAUAAAACCACAGCCCUUCGCAGUUUGAGUGUGAAUCCCGAGGAGGAGGUGGUGCCCCCCAACUUGAGUCGCUCCAACAGCAGCAGUUCGGAAUCGGAUGGCGAGAGGACUUCGCCCCAGAAUGCCAAGCAGAACAAGGAACUGGCCAACAACAAGAGUGCCGCUGCUCCCACCAAUGUGGGCGCCAGGAUUCAAGUGCCCCGCCUGGACGACAAGGAGACCUUCGAGAACUUCUUUGCUUCGAAACCUAAAAAGGAGGAGAACGUGGAGCUGGAGAUCAGCGCUUUCGAUGAUAUCAAGCCUACAGAACGUUUGGUGAGCAAGCGCCACGUGCAGGGUCCCAAGGGACGACGGGCCGCACGCAAUCCUCUCAAGAGUUUGGCUGCUCGUGAGGACAUUACCUCGGAGUACACGGAAAUGAGGUCGGGCAUAGCGGAGAGGGAACUGCGACGCCUCAAGCUGGAGUCAUAUGGCCACAAUGCCAACCUGGCUGCGGAGGCCAUCGCUGGCUUAGCCUCCAUUGAGGACUUCAAGUCGGUGGCCCUGCGCUCCUCCUCGAUUCCCCUGCAGCAGAUGUGGCUGCCGCACAAGCCGGUAAUGCUGCUCCAUGUCAAGGGUCGCACCCAUGUGCAAACGCGGCUGGUGGAACCUGUGUACACCUCGCUGAAUCGCGGAGAUUGCUUCAUCCUGGUGGCAGGAUCCCAGCUAUUCCGCUAUGUGGGUUCCUUUGCCAAUGUAAUUGAGAUCUCCAGGAGUAAGAAGAUCUGCGCCGCUAUAGUAGAGAACAAGGAUUUGGGAUGCACAGCCAGCCAGGAGGUGAUCCUCACCGAUGGCAAGUACUUGAAGGAGCGACAGUGGCGGCAAUUUUGGCAGUUAUUAGGGAAGAAAGAGGAUGACCAGUCUGAGAUGGCCGAAUGUGGGCAUGCCGACGAGGAUGAUGUCUUCGAGAGCAGUCUAAUUGAGACCAACAAGAUCUACGAGUACCAGGAUGAGGCUCUCGUCCCCAUGGAGAAGUUCUGGGGCUGCAUACCCAAGGUGGACAUGCUGGACACCCGCAAGGUUUUGGUCUUUGACUUUGGCGCCGAGAUGUAUGUGUGGAAUGGCAAGAAUGCCCCCUCGGAUGCCAAGAGGGCUGCCAUGAGAUUGGCCCAGGAGCAUUUUGGUGCCGAGGAUUCGGCGGACUAUGCCGAUUGCUAUCUGAAUCCCCUAAACUACGUGGCCAUCGUGGGUCGUCGUGAGAAUGCCAAGUAUGCCAAAAGAUCAACUCAACGUCCCGAGUGGUGUGUUCUUGGCAAGAUUACCCAGAAUAUGGAGACGGUGCUUUUUAAGGAAAAGUUCAGCGACUGGCCGGAGCUGGAACGCGAGGAUCUGGAGAAGGAUUACCUCUCAAAUGGAGUGCAUGUGGUACGGGCCUUGAAUGGAGUCGCUUUGCACAAGGGAGAACCCUACCAGGAACCUAAUCUUGUGCUGGAACAGGCCAACCUAGGUCGUGGCAAUUUCUACUAUGAUACGGACACCAUGCGGCACUUUGAUGUGAUCACCAAGUCCACGGACAAGUGGCAGAUCCACGAAUUUAAUUUCGAUGCAGCCAAUAACCAGGAGGACUAUGGUCACUUUUACUCCGCUGAGAGCUACAUAGUUCGUUGGAUCUACCAGAUUUCUGUCACUGUUCGGGAGCUAAGUGGUAAGGUGUCCAAUAGGAGCACUGUGGGUCGGGACAGGUGUGUCUACUUCACCUGGCAGGGUCAGGAUUCGAGUGCUAACGAAAAAGGAGCCGCUGCUCUUUUAACCGUGGAAUUGGACAAGGAGAAGGGCGCCCAGAUGAGGGUUUCCCAGGGCGACGAGUGCACUGCCUUUGUCAGGCUCUUCCGGCAAAUGUGGCAGCAUCGCGGACGCAAGGAGCAGUGUCUGGAGAGGCGCAGCCAGUGGAGACUCUACCAGCUGCAGGGCAAUGUCAACGAGGAGACGCUUCUCAAGGAAGUCGACUGCCAGUCCAGUCAGUUGAGAUCCCGCAGUUCCAUGCUUUUGAUUCAUGGCAGUCAGGGGGAGGUAAUUGUUUGGCAUGGAGCCAAGAGUGCUCCUCACACACGCAAGGUGGCCUUGGAGGCUGCUCAGGAUCUGAUCAAGCUGGUGCCCAAGGAUCUCUUCAGCAGCGAAUCAGCCAGCUUAAGCGAGGCGGAGGAGGGUUCCGAGGAGGAGCAGUGCAAGAAAGCCUUGGGUUUGAAGGAGUCCAGGGAUGACUAUGGCAGCUUGCUUAAGUCCACCAAGGCUUUUGAUUACCAAAUAAGGAUCUUCAACUUCUCCAGCACCCAGGGUGUCUUCAAGGCCCUGGAACUGAGCGAUCCCCUGCGCUGUCAGGAUCUCCAUUCUCCCUAUCCCUUCAGUCAGGCUCAGCUGUACAAUGCCAGGCAGCCAACCAUCUUUCUGCUGGACGACGGCGAUGAGCUGUGGCUCUGGAUGGGCUGGUGGCCCCUAGAAGAUGUGAAAAUAAACACCGAUGAGCGAAGCAGUCCCACCAACGACAACCGGGCUGGAGUAAAUCGCUGGAUCUCAGAGAGACGCGCUGCCCUCGAGACAGCCGUCGACUAUUGGCGUGCCAAGCACGGCGAGAACGACAAGGAGCCCUUCCAUGGCAUCCGGGGCCAGGUGGUGUGGGCAGGCCUGGAGCCACUGGCCUUCAAGGCACUCUUUCCCCACUGGACAGAGCGUCCGGAUGUGAGGGAAAUCAACGAAGAGGAUGGACGAACUGAUGCUUCCAUAACCAUCGGCACAAUGCUGGCACAAAUGACCCAGACCGAAUACCCGCUGGAGGUCCUGAAAGCGCGUCCUUUGCCCGAGGGAGUGGAGCCCACCCGGCUGGAGGUCUAUCUGAAUGCAGAGGACUUCCAGGCGGCACUGGGCUGCAGCCGGGCGGAAUUCGAGCAGCUGCCCAUCUGGAAACAGACCAAGCUGAAGAAGGAGCGCGGGCUGUUCUAGGAGAGAGGCACAAUGCAAACUUAUAGACUUGAACACACAAUCACAAAUCACUUUUCUAAGCACUUUUUCGUAGGCGGCGAUGCUUUUGCAGCGGAACUUUCGUAUUCUAUAGGCCUAUAUAGUAUAGCAUAUACACACACGUGCGCAUAUCCCUAUGUACUCUCUAUUUUACACAUAUAUAUAUUACAUAGCCUUUAAAUAUGUAACGACUAUUAUACACAAGUGCACGAUGCCAGGCAAUAAAUUUCAACUCGCUUCAUUCGAUA